CUCAAAAACAAACAUGGCUUCUAUCACAGUUCCUAGGAAUUUCAGACUUCUAGAUGAACUGGAACAGGGACAGAAGGGGGUUGGCGACGGCAGUGUCAGUUGGGGUCUCGAGAAAGAAGAUGACAUGGACUUGAGGAUUUGGAACGGCAUGAUCCUUGGACCUCCGAGAACGGCAUAUGAAGGUAGGAUAUAUCAGCUUAGGAUCGAGUGCGGCACAGAGUACCCCGAGAAACCUCCAAACGUCUGGUUCCUCAGUAAGAUCAACAUGAAGGGGGUCGAGUCAAAUGGAAAAGUGAACCCGAAAGACGUGCAAAUGUUGACGCACUGGCUGAGUACCUACACGAUAUGCAACCUGCUCAGGGAGCUAAGGAGAUUGAUGACCCUGAAAGAAAACUGCAAACUGACACAACCGAGUGAAGGCAGCACGUACUGAGCUGAGUGGUGGUGGUGGUGGUGGUGGUAGUGGUGGACGUCAUCUCGUGGUGGGUGUGGUGAUGCCAUGGUGUCGAGAGAGUGGUAGUAGAGAGGAUGGGCUGAUGUUUAGGUGGUGUGGUAAUGAUGAAGAGGACGGGAUAAGGGGGGUGAGGAUGAUGAUGAUGUGAGGGGGUGUUGGGAUGAUGUAAUGGUUGGGUUAAGUGGUGUUGAUAAAUUACAACAGUGGUGGUGUUGGUGUGGUUUAGAUAUGGUUAACCAUCUUUUGGAAAUGUGAUGAUGAUGAUGAUGAGGAUGAAAUGUGAUGGUGGGAAAGAUGAAAUGGGAUGAUGAUGUUGAGGAUGCAAGGAAUUAAAUAAAUUGUGCUGCAUGCUUGCUUGCUUUUUGCUGAAUAAAUGCAUGAAUGAAUGCAUGAAUGAAUGAAUGCAUGAAUGAAUGUAUGCAUGAAUGAAUGAAUAAAUAAAUGAAUUAAUUAAUGGUUUGGUUUUAUUCGUCCACUCGUGCAUGCAUACAUGUAUGCAUGAAUGUUUUGAAGGUUGAAUGAAUUUGUCAAUGAACACGUGAACGAACGAACGAACGAACGAACGAAUGGACAACAGAAAAUAAAUUAUCAACUUUUUGAUGUCUCGCUAUUAAAAUGAUUGUUAUCUAAUUAAAAAAAAUUUCAUUAAUUCGUUGGACAAACGGAAUGAAUGAUUGAUUCAACGGGUUAAUGAAAAAAUGAAUGAAUGAAUUAAUUAAUUUGUUAAUUCACUAAAAAAUCGAAUGAGCAGAUGAUCGGUUAUGUAGGAAAAUGAAUGGAUGAAUGAAUGUUUGAAUGUGUGGAAGUUUUAUGAAACUUUCUACACCUUAUUGACUGUUUAUUUAUUACGUCAUCCAUCACGUUUGUUUACAUGUUUACAUGAUUUCACGGGCGAUGAUUGUUUCCAUCAGUUACAAGUUUUCAUCACUCACUUAAUCACUUUUUCAUCAUCACAUCCCCGAUGCAUUGCUAGCUAUCUAUUCAAUUUAUACUUGACGUAGGUGCAUCUUCUUAUGUUGUUAGCUUUGUCUGAUAAUUCAAGUAACAUUUUAUAGUAUUAAAAUUGAAGAGAUCGCUCAUUAUUAUUAUUUUGGUAGUUGUUUGUGGACGCCAUGUGCCUGGAGGAGUUCUUUUCUUUCAGAGUUUGCAUUUGUUCGGAGAGGCUAAUAAUGCAUUCUGUGUUGUGUGUGUGUGUGUGUGUGUGUGUGUGUGUGUGUGUGUGAGACUGUUUGCUUGAGUGUGUGAUUGCUUGCUCGUUUGUGCGUGUGUGUGUGUGUGUGUGCACUUUGCCAAACCCAUUUUCCCGAAAACUAAUUAAAGAUGUAUAAAUGGUUAUAAUGAUGAAUAGGCAUGAGGUUGUGCGAAUUUCAAGUUGUAGUUGUGGUGGUCGAGUGUGGUGGGCUGAGCUGAGGUCAACGGCUUCCUGAUGGAAGAUAUUAUUUGUUUCUACUUUGUUUCCAUCUACGUGGUUAACUAUUAUUACUGUUAUUAUUGUUAUUAUUAGUGUUACUGUUAUUAUUAUUGUUAUUAUCGUGGGUUUUCAUUGUCAUUUAUAUCGCAGCUAUCGUCAUUACUAUUUAUUUUAUUUGCCAUUAUUACACUGUAACGUUAAUUUUGAUUCAAAUAAAUGUCAAUGGGACG